CGUAACUCCACCCUCCAACCUUCUCAUUUAAAACCCAACGCGUUCCCUCCCCCGUCCGUGUAUUCCCAGUGCGUUGAGUCCCUGCCACACUCUAAAAGAAAGUAGAGAGAUCCUCUGAAACCAUGUCUCCGACGAAACCUAGCCGGAAAUUCCCCUCCAUAACCACAUGCAGCGGUUCUUCCUACGGUUCGAUCGCCGCUGAUCUGGAUGGCACUCUGCUUAUGUCCAGCAGUUCCCUUCCUUACUUCAUGCUCGUCGCAAUCGAAGCCGGAAGCCUCCUCCGCGGCCUCAUUCUCCUCCUCUCUCUCCCUAUCGUCAUCGUUGCCUACCUCUUCAUCUCCGAAGCCAUUGGCAUCCAAAUCCUCAUCUUCAUCUCCUUCUCCGGCCUCAAGAUCCGUGACAUCGAGCUCGUCUCGCGUGCCGUGCUUCCCAGAUUUUAUGCGGCAGAUCUGAGAUCGGAGAGCUUCGAGGUGUUUGACAAGUGCAAGAGGAAGGUGGUGGUUACGGCAAAUCCGACGGUGAUGGUUGAGCCGUUUGUAAAGGACUUUCUUGGUGGGGACAAGGUUCUUGGAACAGAAAUCGAGGUGAACCCUAGGACGAAGAAGGCGACUGGGUUCGUGAAGAAGCCCGGAGUGUUGGUCGGAAAAUGGAAGAGGUUAGCCAUCUUGAAAGAGUUCGGCGAGGAAGCUCCCGAUCUUGGGAUCGGAGACCGCCAAUCCGACCAUGAUUUCAUGUCCAUUUGCAAGGAGGGCUACAUGGUUCACCGUAGCAAGUCAGCAACUCCGGUCCCACUCGAUCGCCUCAAGAGCCGAAUCAUCUUCCACGACGGCCGUCUAGUCCAGCGCCCCACACCCCUCAACGCCCUCCUCACCUACCUCUGGCUCCCUUUCGGCUUCGUCCUCUCCAUCAUCCGCGUCUACUUCAAUCUCCCACUCCCUGAGCGCAUCGUGCCCUACACCUACGCCAUGCUCGGCAUCAAGCUCGUUAUCCGCGGAAACCCACCUCCGGCCCCCUCCCCUGGCUCCCCCGGUAACCUCUACGUCUGCAACCACCGCUCCGCACUCGACCCCAUCGUAAUUGCCAUCGCCCUAGGCCGCAAAGUCUCCUGCGUCACAUACAGCGUAAGCCGUCUCUCGAGGUUCCUGUCUCCGAUCCCUGCCGUCGCUUUGACCCGCGAUCGUGCGGCCGACGCUGCCCGCAUCACGUCCCUUCUCCAGAAGGGUGAUCUCGUGGUCUGCCCCGAGGGGACGACAUGUCGGGAGCCUUACUUGCUUCGGUUCAGUGCUCUGUUCGCGGAAAUGAGCGACAGGAUCGUUCCCGUGGCGGUUGACUGUAAGCAGAGCAUGUUCUACGGCACGACGGUGCGCGGGGUGAAAUUCUGGGACCCCUAUUUCUUCUUCAUGAACCCGAGACCCACCUACGAGGUGACGUUCCUGGAUCGGUUGCCGGAGGAGAUGACAUGCAAGGCCGGCGGGAAGUCAUCGAUCGAGGUGGCGAACUACGUGCAGAAGGUGCUGGGGGAUGUCCUUGGGUUCGAGCGCACUGGGUUGACCAGGAAGGAUAAGUAUCUGUUGCUGGGAGGGAACGAUGGGAAGCUGGAAUCCAUGUACAAUGGCAAGAAGUGAGUUAAAGAUGUUGGUACUUUGAUGCAUGAUAUAAUUGAUUGCCCAUAGGUGUUCCAUGUUGGGUAUUUAUGGUCAAAGUUGUUGAGAAGCCUUUCAUAGCUCAUGUACUGCAGUACCAUGUGGCCGGGUAUAUUCAAUAUUGGCUCGUGUUCG